AACUCGCUGGAUUUUUUCUGUAUUUUCAGAGAGACGGGAAAAUUCUGAUAAAACUGUGAUCUGGACAGAAGCACGUGCAGCACUGAAAAGAUAAUUCGGGAAUUGUGAAGGUCUGAAACAUACACAGAGGCUUUGUUUCCUUACCAUCAUAAUUCACAUCACGCAGACCCCUGUAAAGAGGACUUCAUCACCACAUCUGAAGAAGACACUCCGAGACAAACACCUUUUUGGUAACGAUACCUGGAUUGUGUUCAUACGGAGAUAACAUUCCUGUGAUUAGCAUUCCGGUGAACAAUAUUGAAUUCAAGGAGUAUCGGAAUAUUCAAAAUAUGGUUUUGUGCUCAAAGAAAUAUCUGUUUUAAUGAACCAUUGUAGGAAGUCUUUAAAUGUAAAUUGAAAUCAUUCUAAAGAAUGAAGCUUGACGCGGCGUUUUCACGCUGAUAUUGUGUGUUGUUUUACCUGUUUUAGACUCUUGCUGUGAUGCAUUUCUAAGCAUCGAUUCUUUGGAAACGCUGCGUGGGCAACCCUUCUGUUCUUAAGCAGCUCGCGGGAGCCAAAGUUCACAAAACGUAUUAAUGUCGUAUUCAGACACCAAAAAGAGCACAUUUGAAUUUUUACAGUUGACCACGACACAAAGUGAAAACAUAUCGGAUGCACAUGCGGUGUUUCUUAGCAAUGCGUCAAAAGACUUGUAUAUAAAUUUUACAUCAAAUGUCACCAUGGCACAAACGAUGAACGAGAGCACAUAUUCCCCCGGUGAAGCGGCAGUUGGUGUAGUGCUUGCAAUGUUCUCUUUUAUAACCAUUGCUGGAAACAUUUUAGUCAUUGUUGCUGUGACAAAAGAGCUUUAUCUACGAACAGUUACGAACUACUUUAUCGUCUCUUUAGCGGUGGCGGAUCUUAUGGUUGGAAGCAUUGUGAUGCCUUUUGCGAUAACAUUGGAAAUGACUGGACAAGUUUGGUUGUUUGGCCCUGAGUGGUGCGAUAUGUGGCAUUCUUUUGAUGUUCUUGCAAGUACAGCGUCCAUACUCAACCUAUGUGGGAUAUCGUUAGACAGAUACUGGGCCAUCAGUGACCCUAUCAAGUAUACCUCCAGAAUGACAGUUUGUCGGACAUGGCUUUCUAUAGCUCUGGUCUGGUUAUUAUCGGCAGGUAUUUCUUUUCCCGCCAUUGCCUGGUGGAAAGCCGUCACUCCGGACUUACCCGCAGAAAAUGAGUGUAUAUUUACUUCCGACAGUGCCUACUUAAUCAUUUCAUCACUUGUCUCGUUUUAUUGUCCAUCCAUUAUUAUGAUGGUUGUUUACUGGAGAAUUUAUAUGGCUGCAACAGCACAAAUUCGAAGUUUAAAAGUUGGUCAAAAGACAUUAACUUCUAAUGGCGCCAGGGGGAACCGGGAAGUGAUGACGUUACGGAUACAUCGAGGCGGAGGCGGAACAACUAUGUCUCGUCAGUCGUCGGACGAGUACGCACAGUCCUUUGAAAAGUGUCUCAGUGAUUGUGAAAGACAGACCUUAGUGACAAACGGCAAAAGGAAUUCUGAUUCCGCUUCCCACCGACCGGCCAGAUGUAUAACCAAGCGCAUCCGUCAGUUUGCCAUUAGCAAAAAAUUGACAAAGGUGGCCCGUGAACAAAAAGCGGCCAAAACUCUGGGAAUUGUUGUAGGAGUGUUUAUUUUGUGCUGGGUACCAUUCUUUGUGUUCAAUAUUUUGGAGGGAAUAUGUCAUGAUACAUGUUUGACACAUAAAGACAUUUUGUUUCCAUUAUUCACAUGGCUGGGGUAUAUUAAUUCAGGCAUGAAUCCUAUUAUAUAUGCAUUAUCAAUGAAAGAUUUCCGUAGAGCUUUCGGAAAAAUCAUAUUUUGUUUUUGUCCUAAGACCAAAUUCCAAUAUCAUAAUACAUACCAAUCAAAAAAAUGUUCUUCCACGUCCAGCUUUGUGGUGGUCACUCAGACAGAACGAGGCUGACCUCUGAACUCUCUGUGUGAUGUCAUUGUAGAUUCUGAUGGAAUAAA